UGAUGAACAAACAACGUACGGCGCCGAAGAGAAAGCUAUCGAGCAGAACGACAUCUAAGCAAAAAGAAACAGUGAAGCUUAAGCCACUAGAAGAGAAAGCUGAAAAAACAGCAGCCUCAAAACCCCCAAAAUAUUGGACGCCAUUUUCUGUGAAGCAUAGACGAAAGUUUGAACGUCUUUUAGAAGUGUGGAAAAGUAAUCCUGAAUUGAUAACAAUAGUAAAUGAUAAUGGUGUAUGUUUCAAAAAAGAGUUCGUGAUAGGCAGGGGCAGUUACGGCACAGAGGUGUAUAUAUGCUUGGGAUCUGACGGAAUAGAACGAGCGAUAAAACGUUUGCCAAAAUUCUUGUGUGAUAAAUUCUUGAGGACUGAACGAGAUAUCUUGAAUUCUCCGAAUGCAGUCGAGUCGUCACGAAUUGUGAAUUUUUAUCUCUACGAUGACACUUCCAACCUUGAUUUCGAUUAUUUGAUUCUGGACUUAUGUGAACAGAAUCUUAAAGAAUUUAUCAGGGAGGAAGGCGAAAGCUGGUGGACAGAAUCUUGUGCUAGAAACAUGAUACGCCAAGUGUUGGAAGGGUUGGAAGCACUACACGCUAGAGAGCCUAGAAUUCUGCACAGAGAUUUGAAGCCAACUAAUAUACUUGUUGAUGUGCAUGGUAAUUUACUGCUGUCUGAUUUUGGUAUUGGACGGUUUUUCCCAGAACAAGGUAUAUUUUUUGCACAAGAUAUAUAUUUACUGUAACAGAUCUAUUGUCUAUUGAGGUAUACACAGAGGGCCUGUGGCAUUAAUUUUAAACACUGAAUUCAGAGAGAUUCAAAAACAUUUUAUAUUUCAUGAGUUGAAAAGUUGCCAGCUCUAACCCAUGAUUCAAGGUUGAGGAGAUUCAAGCGGAAUCGAUCCGGUUAUGAUUAGGAAAUAAAUAGAUGGCUCGUAGGACUGUUCGAUAUACCGAAAAUAUCGAUAUUAAAUCAAUAUCGGUAUAUCGAUACCGGAUAUUCAACCAUACCGAUAUACCGAAAUUUCCGAUAUACCAGAAUUUUUCGGUAUACCGUGUUAAAUUUACCAACUAUAUGGCGAAACCAUAACCUUUAUUUUACCACUGAAUGGCAAUUCAAAGAACUUUCUACUGCAAUGAUUUAGAAUUUCCACUUCAGUGAGAUAUUACACUGAGUAUGUGCAUGUCGUUCGAAACAUGUUCGAAACAGCUUUGAAAUUAUCGUUUUCCCUUUUAGAAUUACUGAAAAUUGCCUUCAAACUUCCAUUAAAGAAUUUUCCUUUAUAAUUAUCGAAGGAAAACCGGUAUAUCGAUAAUAUCGGUAUAAUUUUUUCGGUAUACCGAUACCGGAAAUCAUUGUAUAAAGAGACAUAAAGUAUAAAGAGUAUUGUAGUUUGGUAUGGUUAAUUCAUUAAUGGGCAAAACUUUUCCUUUGACAAGUAACAUACUCAUCCGAGAUGGUCAAACAAAGUGAAAUAUUAAGUAAUUAAAAAAUUGUUGUUAAAUGAGUCAAUUUUACUUCUUUACAGGUGCAACAACAUACCUUACCAGUAACGAAAGUGGAUCACCCAGCUGGCUCGCGCAUGAAUGUAUUAACUGGGAAGGAUUGUACUCUGAUGACAUGCAGAAGCCUUCAGAUACACCAUUACUACUCAGGUGGAAAGAGAAAUCAGAUAUCCAAGUCGCAGGCAUGUUAUCAUUUUACAUCUUGACCAAAGGAAAGCAUCCAUUUGGUCCGAAAAUAGACCAACUGAAGAAUUUGCAUGAUGACAAUCCAGCGGGUUUAAGUAAGCUUACUGAUCCUGUGGCCAAAGACCUGCUGUCGCAGAUGUUGGCACAGGAUCUUGAUAAACGACCAUAUGUAGAGCAAGCCUUGAAGCAUCCUUAUUGUCUCUCUCUUGAAGAACAGAUGGAAUUUGUAGCAGCUGUGGGCAACGAACCUCAAUUAAUGAGUUACAAUGGUGUUUUCAGACAGCUGAACAACCUUGAUCCAUCCAAACCUCGAAGUCCGUUGUUACCAAAUGAUUGGAAAACAGUGAUUGGUUGCGAUGACCUCAAGAUAUUGUGUGAAGAAGGUCACCGCUCACCAUCAGCCCAUGAUGGUAGCCAAUAUACCGAUUGUCUUCAAUUGAUACGAAACACAUUUCAGCAUCGGGAUGGCAAACUGCAUCGAUUGAAAAGGAAGCCACCGGCUACUUCUUCCCUUGAGGAAUAUUUCUUUCAAUUAUUUCCAACACUCCCGUUUGUUCUUCAUCAAAUAAUCAGAGAGGAUCCCGACUGGAAAACACGCCCUGCCUUGAAGGAAUUUUUCCCUGUGAUAAACCGUCACGCAGUGUCUGGUGCAGACUAA